GCUACAAUAUUCAAAUUAGUUAACCAUGUUUACGAUAAUUUACAUUUUCGAGGUUCAUACUAAUAACGAAAUAUGAAUCCAUCCCAUGAAGGAAAAUUACAAUUUUAGAAUUAAAUUUCGCAGUGGUUUGAGCGGACGUACGUGAAAAUGAGUCAAAUACAAACGAAUGCGAAACGGGAUGAGAGAAAAAAAGAUGUACAAAAUAAAAUACCGAAAAAGAGUCCGGAAAAAAACAUGUCUGAAAUCGAUGAACACAUACUAAAAAGGUUUGAUAUCAAGAAAAGGCUGGGCAAGGGUGCGUAUGGGAUAGUCUGGAAGGCGAUUGAUAGGAAGACAAAGGAUGUUGUGGCGAUAAAAAAGAUAUUCGACGCGUUUCGUAACCAAACCGACGCACAACGGACUUUUCGUGAAAUUAUAUUUUUACAAUCGUUUAGAAACCAUCCAAACAUCGUCAAGCUGCAUAGUAUACACAGAGCGCUCAACAAUCGCGACAUCUACCUCGGCUUCGAAUACAUGGAGACUGAUUUACACAACGUUAUCAAACGAGGGAAUAUACUAAAGGAUAUACAUAAGAGAUAUAUUAUGUAUCAAAUGCUGAAGGCCACCAAGUACAUACACUCUGGAAACGUGAUACACAGGGAUCAGAAGCCGAGUAACGUGCUUAUCGAUAGUGCCUGUCGAGUAAAACUGGCAGACUUUGGACUAGCGCGGUCUGUAUCUUCAAUGUACUCUGGUGGGGAAGACGGAGCGGACCCUUGCUUAACGGAUUAUGUGGCGACACGAUGGUACCGAGCACCGGAAAUACUCAUCGCUAGUAAAAGUUACACAAAGGGUAUAGAUAUGUGGUCGCUUGGAUGCAUCCUCGGUGAAAUGUUGACCGGGAAACCUCUCUUCCCGGGAACGUCUACCGUCAAUCAAAUCGAGAGGAUUAUGUCUGUACUGCCAAGACCAUCGUCAGAAGAUAUAGCAGCAGUAUGCAGUGGUUAUGGGUCAUCCUUGAUCAAAGAAUUGGCAGCCAGUUCUGGAGGAUCUUCUCUCACUGCUCAAUUGUCGUGUGCGCCUCGAGACGCAUCGGAACUGGUACAGCAGUUGCUGGUCUUUAAUCCAGCGAAGAGGCUCAGUGCGGAGAGGGCUUUGAAUCAUGAAUAUGUUGCAAAAUUUCAUCGUGAAAAAGACGAACUGACUCUACCGUCAGAUGUUCUCCUUCCCCUAAGAGAUGAUAAGCAAAUGUCCGUUGACGACUACAGGAACAAACUUUACAGCAUCAUGGCGAAAGGAUUUCAGAACAAUCUUCCAACCUUACAAGCGAGAAAGACUCAUUCUAGCAAGUCACAAAUAACAGCAACAUCAACAAAAAGCAAAAGUUUCCAAGAAACAUCAGACUUAUCUAAAUCUUACACUAAGUCUAAGCUUAGCGUAUCCGCAGACCAAAAAUUUAGACCAAAACCUAAACCAGUUGAUAGACCAUUAAAAGAGUUUAGAUCAGACCAAACCAUAGGAAAACCCUUGAAAGCGACCAAAUAUUUUGAAACCAAGGGUCCGGAUUGGUUGGAAAAUUGUCAUGGGGAUUACUUCCCAGUUCCAAGGCAGACACCAUCAGAAGUUUUUUCUGGAGAGAAGAAAAACGUUCAACAAAGGAGGAAUUCGACAUCAUUUUCCACCAUAACUAUUGGUGAUGGAUGUUAUAGUAAUCAAAAGCAUGGAGUUAUAACCGCUAGCGCUUUGAUGGACUUGAGGACUAGUAUUCGAUGA